UAAAAGCCGUAGGUGAUCUUCGCAUUCACAGCACACAUCAAUCGUUGAGCGCAGUCUAAACACUUGAAACCAUGAAAUUCCUUAUCAUUGCCGUUGCCUUCUUGGCCUGCGCCUUCGCUGAUGUCUCGGAGCUCGGAGGCUACGACUACCAGCAGCCCGCUCCUGCUCCCGUGGAAACCUACAUCCCCCCCGCACCACCAGCACCUGCGCCCGCUCCCAUUGAGACCUACGUGCCCCCCGCACCCCCUGCACCCGAGUACAUCCCCCCCGCCCCCAUCCAGGCCGAGGAGCCCAUCCUCGAGGAGAUCGAGCAGCCCGCUCAGGACGGAUACCGCUACAAGACCGUCCGCCGUCGCGUCUUCCGUCACCGCAACUAAGCGAAAAGCUAAUUGUUAUUGUUAACUUGUUGACUCCAGUGUAAUUGCUGAAAACCAUCAUCAUGAAUUCACUUGGAGAGUAAAAAAUGAAGAGAAAUUGUAACUGAACCCGUAAUUGUUGUCUUGUAUUUACUUUGGUGAAAACCAAAGUUUAGUAAACAGGAGAAUUUCAGAAAAAUAUAAGUAUCAGUUGAUAUUCGUAUUUAAAACAUA